AUGCCCGUAGAAUUAAAUAGUUUAACCGAGGGCUGGCUUGAGUUAGAAAGCGAUCCAGGUUUAUUUACCCUUUUGCUUGAGGACUUCGGUGUCAAAGGUGUCCAAGUGGAAGAAAUUUAUGAUUUACAUAAACCCUUAGAAAGCCCUGUUUACGGGUUUAUUUUCUUAUUUCGUUGGAUAGAAGAACGAAGAUCGCGCCGGAAAUUUGUAGAACAGAUCGAAAGUUAUGUCAGAGAUGAAGAAACUAUCAACAAUAUAUUCUUUGCUCAACAAAUGGUGCCAAACAGUUGUGCCACACAUGCUUUAUUAUCUAUUCUACUAAACUGCCCUAACUUGCAUCUUGGUGAAACACUAAGUAGGCUAAAGCACCAUACAUUAGGCAUGAAUCCAGAAAACAAAGGUUGGGCAAUAGGCAACACACCAGAGCUUGCUUGUGCUCACAAUUCGCAUGCAAUUCCGCAAGCACGUAAGAAAACUGAUAAAAAUGCAGGAGUCUCCACUGGUCGUUUCACAGGUGAAGCAUAUCACUUUGUGAGUUUUGUGCCCAUCAAUGGUCAUUUAUUUGAACUAGAUGGUUUAAAACCUUAUCCCACUGAUCAUGGGCCAUGGGCAGCAGAUGAAGACUGGACUGAUAAAUUCCGGAGAGUAAUGGCUGAGCGUCUUGGCAGAGAUGCAGGGGAACAAGUCCAUGACAUAAGAUUCAAUUUGAUGGCUGUAGUUCCUGACAGGAGGUUAGCUCUCACACAGAGAUUGACUGCACUUGAGUUGAACCAAAAAAGAGUAAAAGAAGCUAUUUCUAAGAUAGGAAAACAUUUAAGACACUUACUUACAAAAAGUAGGGUCUUUAAUGAACAAGGAGAGAGUUCAGAAGAAAACAAUGAAAUUUUACUCAAUGACUCUAUUCCUCAACUCAGUGAGGAAAGCAUUCUCACAGGUCUGGAAUCUUCAGAAGUUCAAAUGUAUGACAUAGACUUUACACAGCCAAUAACAAUAGAGAUUGGGGCAACAGACAGACCACAACAAGAUAAUAGCCUUAUAUUGGUUGAUCCCAUUGAUCAAGGCACUGUAGUGAAGUUUGUUACCAUCAGCAGAGAUAAUGAAAUUGUCAGAGAUGUUUAUCCUACUUCAACUACAGCACUUGUGAGAAGCAACGAAGCACCUAUUCUGCUAUGUUGUGAAAUAAUUCCUGAUCAGCCAUAUAAGUUGAGCAAGUUAUUACUCUCUCACUCUGAACUGAAUGCAUUAAUAAGUAGCAUAGCUAGUGAGAUACAAUCAUGUCAGCAAGCCUUAAACGACGAAAAUGAUAAGAGGGAUAUGUACAAGGUGGACGACUGCCGGCGCACGCACAACUACGACGAGUUCAUCUGCACGUUCCUGUCGAUGUUAGCGGAGCGCGGCGCGCUUGCGGAGCUAGUGGCGGCGCAGCUGGAGCGGGGCCGAGCGCCGCGCGUGCGACGACGGAGACCCCGCCCCGCGCGCCCCGCCCGCCCCACCGCCCGCCCUCGACCCAGACCGCGCGGUAGGAAGUGA